AUGUCUGCCUUAGUACAGACACAGCUUGCAUCCUCUUCGCAAAAUACUCUCUGCAUUGUGCGGCCACCUGGGGAUGCCUCCUGUCUUCAUGGUUCUAUCUCGGGACUGCCGAAUGAACUCCUAGCCUACAUCUUCUGGAAUAUGGACGAUUACCAACCACCAGUUAAGCGACACCCACCCCUGCAGUGGUUCAUUCUGGCCAGUGUUUGUCGACGGUGGCGGGACAUCAUCGAUACUUUUUUGUACCGCAGUCUGACCUUGAAGGAUCGAGACGAGUAUCGACUUUCGCAUGUCCUCGAGGUUCUGAGAGAGCGGCCGCAUGUUUCCAAUUAUCCGCGUACAUUGAGCCUGACCAUCGAGAGCGGCGUCUAUUCGAGAGAUUUACCUGACAUCUUGAGAAGGUUGAAGCUCGUUCGGGAGGUAUCCGUGCAAGCCGAUUUUGACGAACCACAUCUCCCUGUCCUGAAGAUUCUCACAAAUAUGGAACCCGAGAAGCUCUCUUUGCGUGGCUUCGCCUGUGGUCCGUCCGUGAAUAUGCUCUUCGACAUCUUCCACGACGUGCCCAGCCUACGCGAACUUCAUCUCACCCGGUGGGGAUGGAGUCGCGAGAACCGACUGCACACCGGGUGGAGUCAGAAUGAUAACGUCAUGGUCAGAGCGGAGGACUUACUCCAGGCUCUCCCCUUCCAUAGACAGCGAACGGCCAACUUCACCGUGCUAAGCCUUCAGGAACCGAAUACCUCGUUUAUGGUAACCGAAUGCUUCCUUCACUGGCCCGUACGGUUGGAAGAGCUCAGUCUGAAGUCUCUCUGUCACUCCCACUACGCAGACAACUACCAGACCGCGAACCUCCAGAAACUCCUCGAUGUACACCGACAAACGCUGAGAAAGAUCACUAUUGGCGUCAUCCCGCAGCAAGACGGAGGCAUCCCCGACUUUUCGGACUUUCCCUGUCUAGAAGAACUGCAUCUAUCCGCGUACUCGAUCUACCACGACCUCGACGAGACACCGUGGACCGCCUACAACAAGCUUGCAAUCCCUUCCCUUCGGUACCUGGUGAUCGAUUUCAGCACCGAGGAUCAACACAGCGAGUCCUGGACGGAUUUCUAUGAGGACCAACUGGACUGGACCGAGGACUUCCUGGAGCUCAUUGCCCCGGGGCUCAACACAUCGCCGCCCGAGUCUCGACUGCGGAACAUCCACAUCAUCUUCAACCCCAAACUUCCCUGGCGGCCGAUGGAGCUCAUCUGGCCAUGGCAUUGGCUGGGAGAAGCGGCGCGAGUGGCGAACACAUAUGAGAUCUCGCUGACGUAUAGCACGCCGGGAUGGACGAUGGCGGAUUAUGAACAGACGCAGGAGAGAAUGAGACGGUUUAAUAUGAUGAGGGGGUCUUAA